UUCUUUGGCAUCAUUGUGGACUUGAAAAUAAGGCUUUAUCUUCACUAGCUUACAACAACAAACAACAAAGGGAUCACCAUCGAUCCAUAGUCCACGCGAAGACUAGGAACCAAGGGACGAAGGUUUCACCUAGUGAAAUAAUUUUCUUUGGUUUUGCUUUUACUCUUGCAUUACUUUGCUCCUGCUAUAUAAAUACACAAACCUGUGAGCAAUCGAUCUAAAUCUACCUCUAAGAAAGAAAUGCUAGUUCAGCCUGCAAACCACGCAAUGGUUUCAUCCUUAAGCCGCUUCCUUCUCAUUUUCAUGUUAUUGUUUACGCAUAAUAUUCAAGCAUGCAUCCAAACUCAACGUAUUUCUCUCUUGUCCAUUGCCUUCACUCUGUCUUCUCCUUCCUUAAACUGGACUUCUAGUAGUUGUUGCUAUUGGGAAGGCAUUACUUGUAAUCGAGAUGGUUGGGUCACCCAUUUGCAGUUACCCUCCAAAGGGCUCAAACUAAAAGGAGGUAUUUUUCCAUCAUUAUCACUUGCAAAUCUCACACAUCUCACUCACUUGAAUCUCUCACACAACUCCCUUUCUGGUUCUCUAGACCAAACUGAAUUCUUCUUGUCCUUGAAUUAUCUCGAAAUCCUAGAUUUGAGCUAUAACCUUCUCUUUGGAGUGUUACCAUCUUCUCUACCAUCCAGUCAUAUUCGGAUGGUGGAUUUUUCCAGCAAUCGCUUACAUGGUGCCAUUCCAUCUUCGUUUUUCCAACAAGCUUGGAAUUUGACUAGUUUCAAUGUCAGUAACAACACCUUUUCAGGUCCUAUCCCAUCCUCUAUUUGUCAUCCUUCUUCUUCCUCGUUACGACACCUUGAUUUUUCCUUCAAUAAUUUCAAUGGUAGUAUAUCUUCUGGACUGGGGAAGUGUUCCGAACUGCAGGUCUUCCGUGCUGGUUACAAUUACCUGUCAGGAUCACUUCCAGAAGAUAUCUUUAAUUCUACCACACUUGAAGAGAUUUCACUACCUCUAAAUUCAUUGUAUGGAGCAGUGAGUGAUAGAAUUUCCAACCUCACCAACCUUACCACUCUUGACCUCUCCUAUAACCAAUUGAGUGGUGAUAUCCCUCUCCAUCUUGGGAAGCUCUCCAAGUUGAAACACAUAAUCCUUGAUUUCAACUAUCUGGAAGGUUCAUUUCCCCUAUCUCUGACGAAUUGCACAAACCUCGUUGAACUACGUAUGGGAGCCAACAACUUGGGAGGUGAUAUCUCCAUGCUCAAUUUUUCAAAAUUUAGCCAACUUAAUAAACUCGACUUGCGGAAAAAUAACUUCUUUGGUAUCUUGCCAAGAAGCCUCUACUCGUGCAAGUUUUUGAAAGCAAUUCGAGUGAACUAUAAUAAUCUAGAGGUUCAAAUACAGUCUGAUAUUGUUUCAUUGAAAUCCCUGUCCUUCCUCUCACUCGGAGGGAACAAACGUUUGACUAAUGUCAAAGAGGCAUUGAAGAUACUGAUGGGAUGCAAACGCCUUGUAGUCCUAUCAUUAGCAUCUAGUUUUGUAGGCGAGGAACUUCCGGCUGAUCUUGGGACGGUUGAUUUUGAUGGAUUCCAAAAUCUUCGACUUCUGGAUUUGAGUUCCUGUAACCUUACUGGUCAAAUCCCUUUGUGGAUAUCAAAACUCAAAAUGCUGGAGAUCUUGGACCUGAAUCAGAAUAGAAUCACAGGCUCAAUUCCAAGUUGGAUGGGGAAUCUUCCUAGGCUGUAUACUAUAUCCAUGGAAUCCAACCUACUUUCAGGACAACUUCCAAAGCAAUUCUGCAGGCUACCGAUGUUGGUGUCUGAACAAGCUGCAGCUCAACUACAUCGUACUGAUAUUGAAUUGCCUAUAUACAUACCCAGUGUUCAUGCAAAACCGUUACAGUACAAUUAUUUAUUUUACGCUCCAUCAAUAUACCUACGUGACAAUUGCCUUAGUGGGAAUAUACCUAUUGAGAUUGGCCAACUGCAGCUUCUCCAACUGCUGGAUCUUAGUGCUAACAACUUCUCCGGCAACAUUCCAGACCAGAUAUCUAACCUCAAGUACAUGGAGAUACUGGAUCUCUCCAUGAACCAUUUGUCUGGAAAAAUCCCAUCAUCAUUCACAGGUCUUAAUUUCUUAUCAAGUUUCAAUGUCUCGUACAAUAAUCUCCGAGGACCAAUACCAUCAAGCACUCAGCUCCAAAGUUUCGAUGCUUCUGCAUUUGAGGGGAAUCUGAAACUUUGUGGUGCGCCACUUCCAAAUAAGUGUCAGACAACAAUGGGUGCUGAUGCACCUGAUAUGAGCACCCAAGAUGCAGAAACGAAGGAGCAACAAAUUCCAUGGUUUUAUGUUUCUGUUGCACUUGGGUUCAUUACAGGAUUUUGGGGAGUCUGUGGUCCUUUAGUGCUUAUGACGAAGUGGAGGUAUGCAUAUUACCAUUUCCUAGACAAUGUACAAGACAGGUUCCAUGUGAUGAUAGCAAAGCGUAUGGCAAGCAUGAAGAGAAGGUUUGUUUAGAAGUUAGAUAGUAGUCAUGGUACUCCAAAAACUCUUAUUGUAAUAAUCAUAAUAAACCAUUCCCACAAAUUUCCAUUGACAAGCAUGAAAUUUUCACAUAUAUUUACUUAUACUUCAUACGGUGUAGAUGUGCCUGUAGUUGGCAAACAGAGGAAAUAACCAUACAUUAUUUCUUUUCGUGGCAACUAACAAGAAAUUCAUAUGCACAUAUUUGCUUCUGUAGGCCACUUGUGUGGAGACAUCUUGAGAGCAACAAGCAAAAAAUUCUUGCAACAGAGAGAAACAUAUGCACACCUUAUCCUUCUUCAAAUUCCAACUCCAUUUUAGUUCUUUCU